AUGCAGGCGGGGGCGCCGCGGCAGCCCGGUGGGCGGCAGCGGCCCCCGAAGGACGAGAAGGAGGUGAUCCGCCGGGCCAUCCAGAAGGAGCUGAAGAUCAAGGAGGGUGUGGAGAACCUGCGGCGGGUGGCCACCGACCGCCGCCAGCUGGGCCACGUGCAGCAGCUCCUCCGGGUCUCUAACCAGCGGCUGGAGCAGCUGCAGCAAGAGCUUCAGGGACUGCAUGCCAGCGUCCUGAUGCCCGAGCCCAGCCCAGCUGAACCCGAGGUCUCGGGGCACCCGACGCCCCCUGAGCAGCCGAGGGCCCGGCUCCUGGAGGCGCUUCAGAGACAGCUGCAGGUCGAAUUGCAGGUGGAGCAGGGGGCCAAGAACAUGACCCACACCUAUGCCAGCGGCAGCCCCAAGGAGAAGAAGCUCCUGGCCGCCGUCCAGCAGAUGCUGCGAGACAGCCAGCUCAAGGUGACUCUGCUGAGGAUGAAGAUCAGCCACCUGCAGGCGCCCGGGUCCCAGGAGCCAGGGCUGGAGCUGCGCGUGGAGGAGCUGCGGUACCGCCGGCACGUGGAGGCUGCUGUGGCCGAGGGGGCCAAGAAUGUGGUGAAACUGCUUGGGGGGCGGCGCCCGCAGGACCGGAAGGCGCUGGCCGAGGCUCAGGCCCAGCUCCAGGAGUCCUCCCAGAAACUGGACCUUCUGUGUCUGGCCCUGGACCGGCUGCUGGACAUGCUGCCUCCUGCCCACCCUCUACGGGCCAAAGUGGCCCAGGAGCUGCGGACCCCUGCGUCUGGGAACCCCCAGCCUUCUGGGACACUCAUAAAGCCCACCGCCAUGACAGGCACGCUGCGGGUGCAUCUGCUGGGCUGUGAGCACUUGCUGAGCGAUGUCCCCGGACGGUCCCCGGUGGCUGCUCUGGCCGGGAGUCCCUCCCCUGGCUGGCUUCGGGGCCGGGCCAAGCAGCCUCGUGGCCAGAAGGAGCUUUCUUGCGAGGUGCAGGCCGUGCUGAAAGUGGACAAUCGCGUCGUAGGCCAGACGGGCUGGGGGCGCAUGUGCAGGAAGGCCUGGGAGCAGACCUUCACUGUGCCCCUGGAGCGGGCCCGGGAGCUGGAGAUCGGGGUGCGCUGGCGGGACUGGCGGCAGCUGUGUGGCCUGACCUUCCUGCGGCUCGAGGACUUCCUGGACAAUGGCUGCCACCACCUCAGCCUCAACCUCCUGCCGCAGGGCUGGGUCUUCCUCUGGGUGAACUUCUGUGACCCUGUUAUCGAGAGGACACCCCGGCUGCAGAGGCAAAAGCGCAUUUUCUCCAAACGCAGAGGUCGUGACUUCACCAGGGCCUCCCAGAUGAACCUCAGUAUGGCAGCCUGGGGGCGCCUGGUCAUGACCUUGCUGCCUCCCUGCAGCGGCCCCAGCACUAUCAGCCCCCCGAAAGGGUGCCCCCGAGCCCCAGCCGCACGCCUGGGGGCUCCGGACCCCACGCCUCCCAGUCGCCCCCCGGCCAAGCAGCCCCCCGUGGGAGAAGAGGGGCUCAGGCCCCCGCCGAAGCCCCCGCGCCUUUACCUGCCCAGGGAGUCCACCCUGGAGGAGACGCCGCGCACCAAGAGGCCCCACAUGGAGGCCAGGCCCCGGCCUGGGCAGCGUCCCCCCGCUUCCGGCUCCAGGAAAGCUCCGCGGCUUCAGGACUUCCGCUGCGUGGCCGUGCUGGGCCGCGGACACUUUGGGAAGGUGCUCCUGGUCCAGUUCAAGGCAACAGGGAAGUAUUAUGCCAUCAAGGCACUGAAGAAACAGGAGGUGCUGAGUCGGGACGAAGUCGAGAGCCUGUACAGUGAGAAGCGCAUCCUGGAGGCCGUGGGCCGUGCGGGGCACCCGUUCUUGCUCUCCCUCCUGGCCUGCUUCCAGACCCCCGGCCACGCCUGCUUUGUGACCGAGUUUGCGCCCGGCGGGGACCUCAUGAUGCAGAUCCACGAGGAUGUUUUCCCAGAACCCCAGGCCCGAUUCUACCUGGCCUGCGUGGUGCUGGGGCUGCAGUUCUUGCAUGAGAAGAAGAUCAUCUACAGGGACCUGAAGCUGGAUAACCUUCUGCUGGACGCCCAGGGCUUCCUGAAGAUCGCGGACUUCGGGCUCUGCAAGGAAGGAAUCGGCUUCGGGGACCGGACCAGCACCUUCUGCGGCACCCCGGAGUUCCUGGCCCCCGAGGUGCUGACGCAGGACGCCUACACACGGACCGUGGACUGGUGGGGGCUGGGCGUGCUGCUCUACGAGAUGCUGGUGGGCGAGUGCCCCUUCCCAGGGGACACGGAGGAAGAGGUGUUCGACAGCAUCGUCAACGAGGAGGUCCCGCGCCCCCACUUCCUGUCGGCACAGAGCCUGGAGCUCAUUCUGAAGCUUCUCCAGAAGUGCCCUGAGAAGCGGCUGGGUGCAGGCGAGCGGGAUGCGGAGGAAAUCCAAAGCCAGCCUUUCUUCAGGGCCACCGACUGGCAGGCCCUCCUGGCCCGCAGCGUCCGGCCACCCUUCGUGCCUACCCUCCGUAGCCCCACUGACCUGCGCUACUUCGAGGACGAGUUCACGAGUCUGCCCCCUGCCCUGACGCCGCCCGACGGCCGCAGCCCGCUCAGUGCCCACCAGCAGGCUGCCUUCCGGGACUUCGACUUUGUGUCCGAGAAGUUCUUAGAGUCCUGAGCGCCCCACCCCCACCCCCACCCCCCGAUGGUCCAUGGGAGGGGGGUCACGAGCCCACCCCACCAGGCCCCGGUUUCUGGUUUUGAUACUGGACGUGCUUUGCGGAUUAUUAAAUUUAA